AAAUGACAUAAUUCCAAAGUGUGACCAUCUUUCCCUCUAUUUCUUCACCCUCUUCCUCUUCCUCUUCCCUCCUUGCAACUAACCUUAUUAGUUCUUACCUUAUCUUCAUUCCUCACCCAAAAUUCUAAAUUUCAACAAAUUAACACUCAGUUUCUCAAUUUCCUCUAAAUUCAACUACAUCCAAAGAUGAACUCAAAUCAAACUUCUCUAGCCUUUCUCGCAAUUCCCACCCUCGAAACAUACAAUGCAACUUCUCCUGCAAUCGAAUUCACUGAUUUAAAGUACACCAAUUUCAAACCCAGAUGUUUUAAUUCUGGGUUUGCUUGUAUUUCAAUGGUGGGGAAAAAAGAGGAGAGAGAAUUAGAACCUACAACUGACCAAUUUCUGCAACACCCACUUGCAAUUGUGGCGCUUAUUCCUAAAGAUGUUGCACUUUUUGCUGCGGGUGCUAUUGCUGGUGCUGCUGCCAAGACUUUUACUGCCCCACUUGAUCGAAUUAAGCUUCUUAUGCAGACUCAUGGGGUGCGAGUAGGCCAAGAAAGUGCAAAAAAGGCUAUGGGGUUUUUUGAGGCAAUAACUGUGAUAGGAAAGGAGGAAGGUGUUAGAGGUUACUGGAAAGGCAACCUUCCUCAGGUGAUACGUAUCAUACCUUACAGUGCAGUACAACUAUUUGCUUACGAGAGUUACAAGAAAUUAUUUCGGGGAAACGACGGUGAACUAUCAGUUUGGGGAAGACUAGCAGCUGGUGCCUGUGCUGGCAUGACAUCAACUCUUGUGACAUAUCCUCUAGAUGUCCUGAGGCUAAGAUUAGCAGUUGAGCCUGGUUACAGAACCAUGUCUCAGGUAGCCUUAAACAUGCUAAAGGAGGAAGGCAUUGCUUCUUUCUACAAUGGUCUUGGACCGUCUCUUAUUGGAAUAGCACCCUAUAUUGCUGUGAACUUCUGCAUUUUUGACUUGGUGAAGAAGUCUUUGCCAGAGAAGUACCAGAACAGGCCCGAAACAUCCUUGGUAACAGCUCUGGUGUCAGCCACGUUUGCUACACUCACAUGCUAUCCUUUAGAUACCAUAAGAAGACAAAUGCAGAUGAGGGGUACACCUUACAAGACAGUCCUUGAUGCCUUUGCAGGCAUUUUGGAGCGUGAUGGCUGGGUUGGAUUAUAUAGAGGAUUUGUCCCCAAUGCUUUGAAAACCUUACCAAGCAGCAGUAUUCGGCUUACCACCUUUGACAGUGUCAAAAGUUUAGUUGCUGCCAGUGAGAAAGAAUAUCAGAGAAUUGUCGAGGUAAAUCGUAAAGAAGCAAAAGCAAGUUCAGCUGAUUGAGUCGGCGAGCAUUGUUUCAGUACCAAUUUUGGUAGCCAAUUUUAUGUGGAAAGUUUCUGCCAUUGUAGUACACAGUGCAGUGCUAGGAAAGGGCAUGAACCCGUUUUGCUUCGUUGUUAGUGUAGGUUGGGCAGAAGGUUUCUUCGUUUUCUAGGUUGAGUCGGGAGUGCAGUGGUAAAUUAUUUUUUGUAGUAUCCAAUAGCCUCGUUAGUAAAUGAGAGAAUGAUUUGAGCAAUAUACAUUACUGAUUCAUACGCUUCAUUGUAAUUCAACAAGAAUGUUGUUUGUACUUUGUAUAGCCUCUCCUUCCGGAGAUUUUCCAUUUUACAUGUAUGUUGCUUUAUCAA